CCCAUCGCACCCCUCCUCCCCGCUCCCAAUCUCCCCGCCGCUGCCACCACCUCCUCCCCGUCCCCGUCCUCUCCCACCCACCGCCGACCUCAUCCCUCCCUCCCCUCACCAUCUCUCCCUACCCUAACUCCCAUCGAUGCCCUCUCAUCCUCUUCCCCGAUUCAGAUCGACCACCGUCCGCCCCCUAACCCAAUUCAGAUCGACCACGCCUCACCGGAGAGAGAGAGAGAGAGGCGUCGCCCCCAGCGACUAUGGCUGGCUUGCUCCCCAGUGCGAGCGUGCGUGCUUCGAAUCCUUUGAUGUGCGGCGCUCCCUGGGGCUGGCUGGAUCGCGGCGCGCGCGUGGCUUGCCUAGGGUUGGCGGUGGCAGCACUGCACGCCGUGUCUCCAGCCACCACGACGGCGACGACGCGAACCUCGGAGACCGUCGUCCACCUCCCGCUGCAGGACGGGUUCGUCGUCUUCCCACGGCCCGCCCGCUCCUCGUCCGCCUCCCGGGCACGGCGCGCCCCCACCUCUCCGUCUCCCCCUCGCCCUCCGCCCCCGCCCACUCGGUCCGCUUCGCCGCCCGCAGCGGCGGCUCCCGCGCCGUCUCCCUCCACGCCUCCAUGCCGCCAGAACGAGGACGCAUCCAAGGUUGAGUUUAGGGUGUGGAACCCCUUCAGAUCGAAGCUGGCUGCUGCUGUGCUCGGUGGUGUGGACAACAUCUGGAUUGCUCCUGGAACAUGUGUGCUGUACCUCGGAGCUGCCUUUGGAGCAACCGUGUCUCAUGUGUCUGACAUUGUUGGACCGACUGGGUUGGUGUAUGCCAUUGAGUUCUCUCACCGGAGUGGUAGGGAUCUUGUCAACAUGGCUAAGAAGAGGACCAAUGUCAUCCCCAUUACUGAGGAUGCUAGGCACCCAGCAAAGUAACGAAUGCUGGUCGGCAUGGCUCAAGCUGUACCAGAUCAAGCAUGACCCAGCCAAAUAAACAUUUUGUGCCUUGAUCUAGCUCUAAAAGUGUGGUGUUACCUCUCUUUACUGGAGCUCUGGGCUGAAGAAAUUUGAAGAAGCUUGAAGCCCGACAAAGUAAAGAGUAGCGAGUAAUAAUGUAGUGCUAGUUAUGUUGUACAGUAGCCAGCAUAUCUGGUUGUAUGAACACUAUUGUAAAUACUGUAAUUUCGUAUUUGAAUAGUAGUCAGCAUAUUUGGUGCUAAUAUUGGCUAUCAUUUUACAGUUUA